UCAGGACGUUACCGAACGCGUCACGAGACGGGGAAACAGCUGACGUGGUGACGUCAGGGUGUUGACGGUGUUUCGGUAACGAGAAGGAGCGCCGCAGUAAACAACAUGUCGCUGAAUCGAAACCACUCGCAGAACGGCGGAGUUCUAGUACACAACGGAGAGAGUGUUCUGAGAGAGUGUAAGAAUGUGGAGCUCUCCUUCAGUGAUGUCAGCAGUAAGACUGAUCUCCUCAAGGGGACCAAGAAGGGUUCUGUUUACCUCACACCAUACAGGCUGGUGUUUGUGUCCAGCAACAAGGACUGCCUGGGCUCCUGCAUGUUCCCCUACUACCUGAUGAAGGGCUGCAGCAUAGAGCAGCCCGUCUUCGCUGCCAACUUCAUCAAGGGGACCGUGUCGGCUGAACCCGGCGGUGGCUGGGAGGGCAGGGCCAGCUUCAAGAUGUCUUUCACCAGCGGGGGAGCCAUCGAGCUGGGCCAGCACCUCUUCAAACUGGCCACCAACGCGUCUCGCCCUCCCGCGGCACAACCCGGCGGGCCGUCGUUUGGCUACCCAUCCCCCGGGGGGGUGAACGGCUUCACCCCCGCUCCCCCAGGCUACUGCCCCCAAGCGCCGCAGCACAACGGGUUCUACCAACCUCCCCCCCCUCAACAGAAUGGAUUCUACCAACCUCCGCCGCCACAGCCCAACGGGUUCUACCAGGCUCCGCCCCCUCAGCCCAACGGGUUCUACCAGGCCCCGCCCCCUCAGCCCAACGGGUUCUACCAGGCUCCGCCCCAUGGGAACAUGGGCUACCCCUUCCCCACCACUGCUGCCGGUGUGUACCCCUCUGCUCCCGCCUACAUGGCCCCUCCCCCCGCCUACCCUGGACCCCCCCAGAACUGGAGCGCCCCCUCACCCACACCGGGUAAUCCCAAAGCAAUGGAGGCUGCUGGGCGGGCUUACUACAACCCCACUGAUCCCCACCAGGUCUACAUGCCCAUGGAGCAGCCUCCUCCCUACGCACCUUACCCCGGAGCACCAGAGAAGAAGAAUAACUAACCAAUCGCAGUCUGCUGUUUUCCUGCACUUUUCUCUCCCAUGGAACCUCUACAGUGACCUCCUUCUGUAGUGCAGACCUGCUGUGGUGCGACCAAUCCAAGACAUGGCGGACUUUAGUGAUAUUCCGGAAUCAAAAAUAAUGGACUGACUUUUAUCCUUCCACUUUGGUAUCGGAAUUCAUUCCAAAUCUUUUCCGUAUUUGUCUAUUAAGGUUUGAAGUUGAGUGGGACAUUUUCCAAGUGUUCUUAAGCUUUCGAUGAAAAUGUUCAGUUGUUUUGCCGAGAGCUUCUUUAUCCGCAAGUUUGUAGUGAUGCGGACAUUAUGAAGAAUGUAUUUUAAACAAAAUGCUAACACCUUUCAUAGCAGAUACUCCCAAGCUUAUUAACACUAACUACCACAACCAGCAUUGUAAAUGAUAUUAUACAAUCAUGCUCCGGGCGCGCGUGUGCGUGUGUGUGUGUGUGUGUGUGUGUGUGUGUGUGUGUGUGUGCGUGCGAGUGUGUGUCUGUCUGUGUGUGUGUGUGUGUGUGUCUGUGUGUGCCCUCUAUUGUAUUCAUGAAUGCAUAGCCUGGCUGAAACCAGAACUGUCCACUCUGUAAUUACACUCUGUCAUGACCCCACUCAGGGGUACUAUGUAUCUCUCGUGUUCCACCUGUGAGAAGAUGUCUGAAAGUGGUUAGCUUAUUCCCCUUAAAAGCCCGCUCUAGGUAACUAAUGGAGCCGGUCACUGAGGCUCUGGGAACUCCAUUUUGGAUCUUGGCUUGCUUGAAUGAAUCAAAUGCCCUAUAGCUCGUUUGUAAUUCUAACUCCUUAACUGGAUAUGUUUAAUAGUUACAAUAAAAGUAUAGUAGUUUC